GCCUGGCCUUCUUGUCUUCCACUUAGGAAACAAGGACAAAGUCAACAUGAAGUUCCUCAUUUUUACUUGCCUUUUGGCUGUUGCUCUUGCAAACCAUAAGAUGGAAACUAGCUCAUCCAGUGAGGAAUCUGUCAACAUCUCACAGGAAAAAUUUAAGCAGGAAAGGAAUGUGAUCAUUCAUCCCAUUAAGGAAUCUGCAGAGAACACAAGAGAAAUGGAACGUUCUAGCAUCUCAUCAAGUGAGGAAUCUGCUGAAGUCCCCACAGAGAACAAAAUCAACCAGUUUUAUCAGAAGUGGAACUAUCUCCAAUAUCUCCAGGCUCUUCAUCAACCUCAGAUUGUCAUGAACCCAUGGGAUCAGAUUAAAGCAAGGGCCUACUCCUUUUUCCCCACUGUGAACAGAGAACAGCUCUCCACCAGUGAGGAAUCUGCCAGCUUCUCUCAGGAAGAAAUCCCAAAGACUGUCGAGAAGGAAUCAACUGAAAUACUCACUCAUAAAACUAAGCUGGCUAAAGAAAAUAAGAAUAACCAAAAACAUCUGAACAAAAUGGCCCAGUAUCAUCAAAAAUUCCCCUUGCCUCAAUAUUUUAAGACUGUUCAGCACCAGCCAGCUAUGAACCCAUUGACUAAUGUUUACCAAACUAUCCCCAAUGUGAGGUACUAUUAAGAUUCUUGGAUUAACUGCUUUUACUUGAAUUGGUUUGACUGGAAAAUCUAUCUUCUGCAGUUUCCUAUCUACCAUAUUACUUCAUACCACCAGCAUGUUUGGACGGACUUAAUAAUAAGGCAUACAAAUUGAGCCAAUAGAAGACUGAGAAGAAUAUUUCCAGGACUGUUUAUAUUCUUCUGUUAGUUCAUGCUGAAUAUGCUGGGUCUGCAUUGUGAUUUCAUAUAAGUU